CGCAGCGAUGCAAUGGUAGACUUCAAGACGGAUUGCUGGGGAACUAAGGACUUCACUCUCAUACGUCCUGCAAAAUGUCUUUGUUUUGAAAAUUAACUCUUUUGCGUGCCAUAAACUCUUGGCUAGAUCCCGCGUUGCCAACUAUAUUGUUUGAUCUGGACAAGAUGAAGAAUUCCAGCUUUUCCAACUAUGUAAUUUUGUUAUUCAUUGCCAGUGGGGCAGGUGUUGCAGUUGUAAACUCGACCGUGUCGUCCUCGGAUAAAGCGAACGUCACUGUCAUACAGGAAUCCUCUCAGGACCAGUUAUCAGCGUUUUUACCAAAAUCAAGACGCAAGCGCUAUAUCUCCCAAAGCGAUAUGAUUGCCAUUUUAGACUACCACAACAAAGUUCGAGCUAACGUCUUUCCACCUGCAGCUAACAUGGAAUACAUGCUUUGGGAUGAGGGUCUGGCCAGAUCUGCUGAAGCGUGGGCUGCCGCCUGUAUUUGGGACCAUGGACCACAGUAUCUCCUGCGAUUUCUGGGUCAGAAUCUCUCUGUCAGAACUGGCAACUACAGGUCUAUUCUCCAGCUUGUCAAACCUUGGUACGAUGAGGUGAAUGACUAUGUGUUUCCAUACCCCCGAGACUGCAACCCGAGAUGUCCCCUGCGGUGCUAUGGGCCUAUGUGUACACAUUACACUCAAAUGGUGUGGGCUACAUCGAACAGAGUUGGUUGUGCAGUCCAAACAUGUUAUAACAUGCUAGUAUGGGGUGCCUUAUGGAGGCAAGCGACGUACCUGGUCUGCAAUUAUUCACCAAAGGGAAAUUGGAUUGGUGAAGCUCCAUACAAAGUUGGGGUGCCCUGCUCAGCAUGUCCUCCUAGUUAUGGGGGAUCAUGUAGCAACAACAUGUGCUAUCCAGGUGUGAGCUCAAACUACCUUUAUUGGUUCAAGUAAACCAAUGACAAAAGGAAACUUUAAGAUUAUUUAAGUGCUGCCAUUAAACACCAACGCGUUGAUGUUGCUUUGCUGUCCCGCUCACAGUCCAUUUAGGACUUCAGUUUUAUUUCACAAUCCGUUUGAUAUUGUUUGCAUUAUGUCAUUUUUAUAGUGUGGACAAAACUUUACUUUUUGGCUGAGUCUGAAAAUUAUAUCAGGUCAAUUUCAGUCUGUGAAUCUUCCUGUGUAUAGUUUUUUUGGGAGUUACUUCAAUCACAUUCAUAAUGUGAUCCUCAUGCAUAUCAUUUCAGGGUGUUUUGAUGGUGCUCAAAUCACAAAUCACAUACACAAAAUCACUGAUAGUUACUCAGAAUGACCAGCUAUUCGAAAGGGGAGUUUGACAUUUGCUCCAAAUUCUGUAGUCGUGCCUGCUCAGUAUCCCUGUGAUAUCUCUGGGUUGAUCAAUGGCAUACUGUAGUAUAAAACGAGUGCUGUGUAUUUUGGCAGCUUAGUAUCUCUGUCACGCUGGGCAGGUCCAGGAAGGGAAGGAUUUGGAAAUGCAAAGAGUUAGAGGUAGGAUAAAGGGUGCUAUAUUACAUUGAAAAGGAUGUAAAACUGCUUAUUGCACAGCUAAUUUUCUUACUCAGUUAUAAGCAUUGUAUAGCAUCAAACUGUGUUAUUACAGAUGUGUGUGUUUUUAUUGUUUUUCAGAAAUACCAUAAAAUUGUAUUUUAAGCUGAUUGUCAGCUAUAAGCUAAUGAAAGAGCCUAUAAGCUAAUGAAACAUGACUGAAUGUUACCUGUCUUCAAAUUCAAAAGUUAAGAACUCAGCAAGCUUUUCUUUCGUAUUAGCCUGCGAAUUUGAUCAUGUAUUGCGGACAGAGUAACAUACAUCUUUGAUUAUAAUUUUUUUUUUGAUUGUCCUACAAUCUUUAACAAACCUUCCAUCGGUUGGCAGUAGCAUGGCUAUGUGGACAUCGUUUUAGGCACUGGGCAAAAGUUUAUGCAAAAAUGAAAUUUCCUCGAUGUUGUACUUCAAAUUAACUCUCUAAAUUAUGAAAGUAACCCAUGUAAAGAUGCAUGAUGUGCACUGACGACACUCUACUACAUAUUGUGUACCCAGGUUAAUAACAGAUUUAUAUUUAUAUUUUCGUGAUGUAACUUUGCUAAUCAUGUAAGCAACAGCCUCUACAUAAAACCAUUGUGUAGAAUGAAGUUGAAUAAAGGGACUUAUUACUUGUCUUUUGACCGCAGGUUACCGUUGUCAAGAUAAAGAUGUUGUCUUGCUCUCUUCUUCCUGUUUCACAAUAACAUUAAAUCAUUGUUCACUCACA